AUUGUACAUAUUGGCUAUAACUUAAGUCAUAGAUGAUAUAAUAAUGACUUAUCAACAGCUGGUUAUACUAUUAUACUUGUUCUUACCGGCGAGGAACGAAAGGAAGACCGGAGAGAGGGAUCACACGCGUACCUACCUAGACCAAUCUACGAUCUACACUUCCUUUGUUUAUGCCUAGGCCGGCUAGUCCAACGGGCGAGACACCGUAUCUCUCUGCCGGAUCUUCUCCCCCCCUUGUGCCCGAAGCCAAAGCCCGGGACGCGACAGGACGGCACAGGCGUUAUUCUGAAAUUUCGGACCAAAAUACUCGGCGAGCCUGUGGCUCCAGCGAGCCACAGCCGACCCCGCCAUGGCCGGCUCCACCGCGGUGCUGGCCGCUAUCCUGCUCGUCGACCUCGUCGCCUUCGGGCUCGCCAUCGGCGCCGAGCAGAGCCGCCCCUCGGCGAGCCUGGAGACGGACGCGAGGAAGGAGUGGACCUACUGCGUGUACCGCCCGGACGCGGCCACCGGGAUGGCCGGCGCCGCGCUCGCCCUGCUGCUCGUCGGCCAGGCGGUGGCCGCCGCCGCCAGCCGCUGCUUCUGCUGCGGCGCCGCGCUCCGCCCCGGCGGCGCCCGCGGCUGCGCCCUCAUGCUCUUCCUCUCCUCCUGGUUUGUGCCCAAAUCGAUCCCCUCCCCCACUUCUCUCCUCUCCUUCCUUCCCUGCUCGAAGCCCCUCCUUGACCUCCACGUGAGACUGACGUACGGGCCCCGUGAGUCAGGUCCUUCCUCUUUUAUUUUUGUUACCUACUACCCCCUGUCGAGGCCGGCCACCGGAAGCGAAAAGUCAGACAGUCGUGCGCAGGAAAGCGUGUCGGAUCAACGAUGGCUACACGAAACUUCCCACCACCUUGUUGUUGCGGAAACUUCCCCAUUGAUUAGACAUGGCCACACGAAAUUCUCAUGGGACUAAUGUGAUUCAUGCGGAUGUUCUAACUAAUCUAGUACUCCAGGCACGUAGAACAGUCUUUGGGCCUUCUCAAGAAAGAGGGACGUUUCCUUUGGCGCAUUGUAGAAGCAGUUUGGAGUAUCUGCGUGGUGCUCUUCAAGAAGAACUUGUGUGUACACAGUGUUUUUCACGUGUACAUCAUGCUUGAUAGAGUAUUUGUUUUCGAAAAAAAAAUGCUUGAUAUUUGUCGAAGUUGCUACUCAGAUCAGGUGGUUGUUUUGGUGGAAGACCGUUUCAGCUACACCUACAUUUUUUAUGUACUUUUACUGAGACCAUGAGACACUAGAUCACCAAUAAGCUUUCUAUGUGACCUAUGUUAUAUCAAAUCAUUUUUUCAUCAGCUUUUAGGGUUCACUUACUGCUUUGAAAAAAUAUUUGGAAAGCUCAGAGA